AUGAUGCUGAGCAAGCGGCAACUGCAGGCCCUCUGCCGCACAGGUCUAACGCGCCACGAUGCUGGCCUUGCGCCCCGGCAGUUGGCAGCCGCGCUGCACAGCAAUCUACAGUUCCAGCGCUAUCUGGCAACGGUGGAGGAGCUGUUUCCCAACAAACCGGACUUUGCCUCGCGGCACAUCGGUCCGCGCAAGACUGACGUCGUUACCAUGCUGAACUCGAUCGGAUUCAAGUCGCUGGAUGAACUAUCCGAGAAAGCCGUGCCGGAUGCGAUCAAAUUCAAGCGCAUACUCAACAUCGAGGAUCCUAUGAACGAACACGAACUGAUCGAACGAAUCCAGCAAAUUAGUGACAAGAAUGAAGUUUGGCGCUCGUACAUCGGCAUGGGCUACCACAACUGUCUGGUGCCGCAUCCAAUAUUGCGCAACGUCUUCGAAAAUCCGGGCUGGACGACCCAGUACACACCGUACCAGCCCGAGAUUAGCCAGGGCCGGUUGGAGUCGUUGCUCAACUUCCAGACGCUCGUGACCGAUCUGACCGGGCUGGAGAUCGCCAACGCGUCCCUGCUGGACGAAGGUACGGCCGCUGCCGAAGCGAUGAGUCUCUGCUUCCGGCACAACAAACGGCGCAAGGUGUUCCUGUCGCGCAAGCUGCACCCCCAAACGGUGGCGGUGGUAAAGACCCGGCUGGAGGCGUUCGGCAUCGAGGUGGUGUUCGGUUCGGUGAAGGAGAUCGACUUCGGUGAUCACGAGAUCUCGGGCGUGCUGAUGCAGUACCCGGACACAUUCGGUGACGUGCAGGACUUCGAGCAGGUGUCGAAGGACUGCAAGAAGAACGGCACGCUCGUGGUGGUGGCAACGGAUCUGCUCGCGCUCACGCUACUACGCCCACCGGCCGAGUUCGGAGCUGACAUUGCGAUCGGGUCGGCACAGCGGUUGGGCGUCCCGCUAGGGUACGGCGGUCCCCACGCGGCGUUCUUUGCCUGCCGGCAGAAGCUGACGCGUUUGAUACCGGGCCGUAUGAUCGGUGUGACGCGCGACAUGGACGGUGAGGAUGCGUACCGGCUGGCGCUGCAAACGCGCGAGCAGCACAUUCGCCGCGACAAGGCGACGAGCAACAUCUGCACGGCACAGGCCCUGCUCGCCAACAUGGCCGCAAUGUACGCGAUCUAUCACGGUCCGGAAGGGUUGAAGAACAUUGCCAAUCGGGUGCACAACUGUGCGCUUGCGCUAAACGCCGGCAUUGAGAAGGCUGGCCAUCAGCAGCUGAACAAAGCGUUCUUCGAUACGCUGCACGUCGUCCCGAACGGAACGACGACGGCGGAGAUAAAGUCGCGCGCGGAGCAGAAGAAGAUCAAUCUGCGCUACUUCGAGGACGGUUCGAUCGGCGUGUCGAUGGACGAGACGGUCAAGACGUCGGACAUUGCCGAUCUGCUGUGGGUGUUUGGCUGCCCGGACAUUGACAGCUCGGUGGCAGAUCCACAGGCCACCGGUCGUACGAUUCACAACACACAGUUCCGCCGCACUUCGCCCUUCCUGACGCAUCCGAUCUUCAACAAGCAUCACAGCGAGUCCCGUAUGGUGCGGUACAUGAAGCAGCUGGAGAACAAGGACAUCUCGCUCGUGCACUCCAUGAUUCCGCUCGGGUCGUGCACGAUGAAGCUCAACUCGACGACGGAAAUGAUUCCGUGCUCCUUCCCGAAGUUCACCGAAAUACAUCCGUUCGCGCCGCGCGAACAGGCCCAGGGAUACAUGCAGAUGUUUGCCGAGCUGGAGAAGGAUCUGUGCGAGAUCACCGGGUACGAUAAGAUCUCGUUCCAGCCGAACAGUGGCGCGCAGGGUGAGUACGCUGGGUUGCGCGCCAUCCGCAGCUAUCACAUGUCGCGCGGCGAACAGCGGCGCACGAUCUGUCUGAUCCCGAUCAGUGCGCACGGCACCAACCCCGCCUCGGCCCAGAUGGCCGGCAUGAAGGUGGAAGCGAUCCGCGUGAACAGUGCGACCGGUGUGAUCGAUAUGGAGCAUCUGAAGGAGAAGGUGGAACAGCAUUCGGAGAACCUGUCCUGUCUGAUGCUCACCUACCCGUCCACGAACGGAAUCUUCGAGGACAAUGUGGUGGAGGUGUGCGAGCUGGUGCACAAGCACGGUGGCCAGGUGUAUCUGGACGGUGCGAACAUGAACGCUCAGGUGGGGCUGUGUCGACCGGGUGACUUCGGCAGCGACGUGUCCCAUCUGAACCUGCACAAGACGUUCUGCAUUCCGCACGGCGGUGGCGGUCCGGGCAUGGGUCCGAUCGGUGUGAAAUCCCAUCUGGCACCAUUCCUUCCCACACAUCCCGUGAUCGAUCCGCAUCCGGAGAGCGAUGGCAAAAGCUUCGGUGUGGUCAGUGCCGCACCGUACGGUUCGUCUGCCAUCCUGCCAAUCUCCUGGUCGUACAUCAAGCUGAUGGGCGGUCGGGGGUUACGCCGAGCGACCCAGGUUGCCAUCCUGAACGCAAACUACAUGUCCAAACGGCUCGAGAAUCACUACAAAACGCUCUACACCGAUCCGACGACGGGACUGGUGGCGCACGAGUUCAUCAUAGAUGUGCGAGACUUCAAAAAGACCGCCAACGUGGAGGCCGUGGACAUUGCGAAACGGCUCAUGGAUUAUGGGUUCCAUGCACCGACCAUGUCCUGGCCCGUUGCCGGCACGCUCAUGGUAGAACCGACGGAAUCCGAGGACAAGGAAGAGCUGGACCGGUUCUGUGAGGCGAUGAUCACGAUUCGCAAAGAAAUUCAAGACAUCGAGGAAGGCCGGUUAGACAUCCGGGUGAACCCGCUCAAGAUGGCACCCCACACACAGAAGCAAACCAUCUCGUCCGAAUGGAACCGACCGUAUCCACGUGAACUGGGAGCGUUCCCGGCGCCUUUCGUAAAACCGGAAACGAAAAUUUGGCCCACGGUCGGACGCAUUGAUGAUCUGUACGGUGAUAAGCAUCUGGUCUGCACCUGUCCCCCAAUGGUGCCGGAUUAUGAGUAA